AAAAGCUUCUCAUCCCUGUUUGACAGUAACAAACAAUUUGUUUAUGUUCGAUAAUUUUGACUUUUGUAUCAUAUUAAUAGCGAUUUACUGAAUUUAUUAGUUUAUUUCCAUAAGAAAAUAGUAAUUAAAAGUUAAAAAUGCCCUACGCUAAUCAACCGUCAGUGCAUAUUACCGAAUUAACGGACGAAAAUGUCAAAUUCCAAGUGGAAGAAACGGACUUAAGUGUUGCGAACAGCAUGAGACGAAUUUUUAUCGCCGAAACACCGACAAUGGCCAUCGAUUGGGUUCAAAUUGAAGUGAAUACGACAGUUUUGAGCGACGAAUUUCUCUCUCACAGAAUUGGAUUAAUUCCAAUUAUCAGCGACGAAGUUGUCGAUCGAAUGCAAUACACAAGAGAUUGUCAGUGCAUAGAUUUCUGUCCCGAGUGUAGCGUCGAAUUCACAUUGGAAGUAAAAUACACAGGCGACAAAACUCUGAAUGUGACGAGCGCCGAUUUUAAAUCAAGCGACGGAAGAGUUCGUCCACUGAAUUCAAGACCGCGAGACGAAGAAAGUGACUAUCCCGAACCCGACGAUAUUCUGAUCGUUAAAUUGCGAAAUGGCCAGGAAUUGAAAUUACGAGCGUAUGCAAAGAAGGGUUUCGGAAAAGAACACGCAAAAUGGAAUCCAACGGCGGGCGUUAGUUUUGAGUACGAUCCUGACAAUUCAAUGAGACACACUUUAUUCCCAAGACCCGAGGAGUGGCCAAAGUCUGAGUACAGCGAAUUGGACAAGGAUCAGCAUGAAGCUGCAUUCAAUUGGGAGGCAAAACCAAAUAAAUAUUAUUUUAAUGUCGAAGCGAGCGGCGCAUUGAAACCAGAAAAUAUCGUUAUGAUGGGAAUUGCAGCUUUAAAAAAUAAAUUAUCCAAUUUACAAACGCAAUUGAGCCACGAAGUUAAUAGUGACGCUCUCAGUAUUCAUCAUUAAAGACCAAAAAGCAAAAAAAAAAA